AUGGAAGCUCUUGAGGAAAUUCUUCGACGAGUACAAUUUGACUCUCUCGAUUUCGAGUACACUUUCUUAGACGACGAUGCAGCCAUCGCGCUGAGCGAGAUGCUCGAGUUUUACGAAUCCGCUCACAAGUUGAAUCUUUCUUUCAAUAAACAGAUUACGGUUCGAGGAUGGACAGAUGUGUUCAAAUCCGUGAAAAAUAGUAAUUCGCUACAUAUGCUGAAUCUGCGGUAUACAUCUCUUUCUGAGAAGUCGUUAUCAGCUCUAUGUCGUGUACUUCGAGGGACACCUCAACCAGUACUGGGUUGUCUUCAUUUGGAAAAUGUGAACUUAUAUGGAAAGAAUCUUUACACUCUUGUUUGUGCCUUGAAAUUCAACACUGUGCUCAAGGAAUUGUACCUUGGUGAGAACACAUUGCAAGGUGCUGACGGAGCUCAUCUUUACCAAUUGAUCAUGAAUAACACCGCCAUUCAAAUGCUUGAUUUGCGAAAUAAUAGUCUGGGGGACAUGGGCGUUGCUAAGAUUUGCGAAGCGUUGCGUAAUCCGGAAGUGGUGAAAAAAACUUCACUCACGGCCCUCGUCCUGUGGAACAACAAAAUUACAGCCACUGGUAUGGAUGCCGUUGCUGGAGCACUGUGUGAAAACUGUCAUUUGGAAACGCUCAACAUUGGAAGCAAUCCACUUGGUGAGAUGGGCGUGCAGAGGUUGAGGCCUGCCCUUGGAGGAAACGGCAGUAAUCUGCACAGAAUUGGUCUUCAGAGCACGCAAUUAAAUUGCCAAAGU